AUUAGACAAGAAGGAUAAGUAAAGGAGGCUCACACAGUCGAGUGCGUGAGGGCCAAAAUGGCGGCCGCCAUCGCUUCCUUACUCAUGCUUCCGACCAAGCCGAAAGCUCUACCUCCCGUCGCAUCCAGCGCUAGAUGCUGCAACGGAGUUCUUCGCCACCGCUCGCCGCUCAUCAAAACCCUAGCAUUCUAUACCAGUCUUACCUCGAUUGCUUUUCCCAAUGGAGGAGCCCCAAUUAGGGCAUUGGAGAAGCCGAAGUCAUUGCGGAGGUUAGUUGUCUGCGAGGUGGCCUCGAAGAAGAGGGCUGAUUCAGCGUCGAAGAGGGCUCGGCAGGCCGAGAAGAGGCGCAUCUAUAACAAGGCUAAAAAGUCUGAGAUGAAGACCCGGAUGAGGAAGGUCUUUGAAGCACUGGAUCUGCUGAAAAAGAAGACAGAUCCCAAAGCUGAGGAAAUCCUUUCAGUUGAAGAACUGAUAUCAAGGGCUUAUUCAGCGAUUGACAAAGCAGUAAAAUCAGGCAGUUUGCAUAAGAACACUGGAGCACACAGGAAAUCACGGCUGGCGAGGAGGAAGAAGACUGUUGAAAUCCACCAUGGCUGGUAUGCUCCUGCUGUAACUGCUUGAUUGCUGCAAACAUUGGUAUGCGGUGAUUUUUCCUCGGGAAGAAUUUUAUUCUCAUUUUUCUUUUCAAAAUGAUGAUUGAUUUUCAGUGAUUGUAUGGUGUGAUGCAGCUGCUGUAUUAUUGUAAGAGAAGUAUUUGAAGCAAAGUUUGAUCAUGGUUUUAAAAUUAAAUCAGACCCGUUGGCUAGACCGGAUUCAAAACUGUUUCAACAUGAAUCUCACCGUUGAACUGGUUGGAUCAGAAUUUAAUUUUAAUGAAUU